UCUAAAUUCAUUAAUCAAGUCAUGAGUGUGACUGUUAAUCGACAGAAAAGUAUCAUGUUUAACUUAUGGCAUAAUUUAUUUUAUGUUAUUCUAAUUAAACUUAAAAUAUGGAAUGUCUGAUUUUCUUAAAUAUAAAUCUGUGUUAAUUAUUCUUAAGAUUUAAUAAAUACGAAAAUCUGUAUAAAAUGAAACUUGUGUCUAAAAAUGUUGAUAAAGAUGGAGAAGGGGGUGUGUCUCUUGUCCCAGAAAAUACAGAAGAUAUGUGGCAUGCAUAUAAUCUUAUUGGUGAAGGAGAUUUUGUUACUUGUUCUACUAUUAGAAAAGUGCAAAUGGAAUCUGCAACUGGUAGUUCUAAUAGUUAUAGAGUCAGAACUACUUUGACUAUAUGUGUAGAAGGUAUUGACUUUGAUACCCAAGCAUGUGUUUUAAGACUGAAAGGUAGAAAUGUAGAAGAGAAUAAAUAUGUUAAGACAGGAGCAUAUCAUACACUGGAUGUAGAACAAAAUAGAAAAUUUACAAUUACAAAAACUAAAUGGGAUUCUAUUUCUUUGGAAAGAGUUGAUACUGCUUGUGAUCCUACACAGAAUGCAGAUGUUGCUGCUGUUGUAAUGCAAGAAGGUAUAGCACAUAUUUGCUUAAUAACUUCCAAUAUGACAAUAGUUCGAGCAAAAAUAGACCAAGUUAUUCCUAGAAAAAGAAAAGGAAAUGUUUCACAACACGAAAAGGGUUUAACAAGAUUUUAUGAUAACAUAAUGCAAGGAAUUUUGAGACACAUCAAUUUUGAUAUUGUAAAAUGUAUUAUUCUUGCAAGUCCUGGAUUUGUCAAGGAUCAAUUUAUGGAUUAUAUGAUUCAGCAGGCCAUUAAAUUAGAUAAUAAAAUAAUAUUAGAAAAUAAAGGAAAAUUUUUACUUGUGCAUUCUAGUUCAGGUUUUAAACACUCUUUGAAAGAGAUUUUAGCUGAACCUGCAGUAAUAUCGCGAAUUUCGGAAACGAAAGCAUCAGGUGAAGUAAAAGCACUAGAAACAUUUUAUACAAUAUUACAGACUGAUCCUUCUAGAGCUUUUUAUGGAAAGAAACAUAUUGAGAAAGCUAAUGGAUCUCAAGCUAUUGAAACACUACUUAUUUCAGAUAAAUUAUUUAGAUGCCAAGAUAUUAAUUUGAGAAAGGAAUAUGUUGAAUUAGUUGAAAGUAUAAAAGAUUCUGGUGGAGAUGUAAAAAUAUUUUCAAGUUUGCAUGUCUCAGGUGAACAAUUAGAUCAACUUACUGGAAUAGCAGCUAUACUACGUUUUCCUAUGCCAGAAUUAGAGGACGAAAGUGAUGACGAAAGCGAUUCAGAUGAAGAGGAUUAAAAAAGCUAAAAUAAUAUGCUAAUGUAUAACUUCGUAUCUGUUUGUGCUGUGCGCAAUCAAAAAUACAACAAAAUAAAAUAUAAAAUAUAUUAAUAAAAAAAAUUAAUAUUUUUCUUGUUUUUAAA